AUGACUGCCCCUCAACUGAUCGACCAAAACCCAUUGGGUCCCACCAGAAAUUCCCAUCCCGGUUCAGUCCCCCAUCUUCAGUAUGGAUUCGGACCCAUUCCAGAAGGAACCCCAAACCACCGAAUCUUCCUUUUUGACAUUGACAAUUGUCUCUACGAGCGGUCCACCAUGAUCCAUGACAUGAUGCAGGUGAACAUCCACCAAUAUUUCAAGGAUACCCUUGAUUUGGACGAUGAGUGUGCUCACAAUUUGCACGUGGAUUACUAUCAAACGUACGGUUUGGCACUUGAGGGAUUGGUCAGAAACCACCAGGUGGACGCGUUGGACUACAAUCUGAAGAUCGACGAUGCACUUGAUUUGGAGAGCGUGUUGAGCUACAAUCCCAAGCUCAGAGAGAUGUUGAUCAGAGUGAGGGAGCUGGGCCGCUUCGACUUAUUCUGGCUCGUCACCAAUGCCUACAAGAACCACGCUUUGCGGGUCAUUUCUAUUUUAGGCGUGGCCGAUCUUUUUGACGGCUUGACCUUUUGUGACUACGCACAGUAUCCUAUUGUCUGUAAGCCUAUGACUGAGUUCUACUACCGUUUGUUUGACACACUCCGUGUUGAUAAGGAUGAUAAGGAACAUUUAUCCCACUUGUAUUUUGUAGACGACUCUGGACUCAAUGUGGCUGCCGCACACGACCUAGGCUUUGGCCAUGUGUUCCACUACUUAGAGAUGGACGCUGACUAUAAGAAAGCGCUCCAGUCGCCUAAAUUCACAGAGUACUACGGAAAGGGCGACAACAAGGAUAAGAGUAAGAUCAAGAUCAUUCGCCUGAUUCUUGAUCUUGAAAAGAACAUCUAA